UGCAGAUCUUAAGCUACAAUGGAUAGACAAGAGCCGCUUGAAACGAAGGGCGGCCGUGUCGUUUUAACCAAUCUGUCUGAGUUAGAUAUCAACAGGAAGCAGAAACUGGUCGUCAAGGAAGCACCAGAUUACUUACGGAAGAAUAGAAAUGGUGUCAACAAGUGAAGUGUUUUGUCUUUUGUUGGUCGCGAUGUUGUGGGGAGGCACAAACCCAUUCCUGAAAAAAGGCACAGAGGGCAUUGAAGGGGUUCAGAAAGACAAUAAACUCCUCCAGUUUCUGGCUGAGAUCAAAUUCCUGUUUCUCAAUAUGAAGUAUUUGGUCCCAUUCCUCUUGAACCAAAGUGGAUCAUUAGUGUUCUACUUCACUCUUGCUUCUACAGAUCUGUCUCUGGCUGUUCCCAUGGUGAACUCCCUCACAUUUCUGUUCACGUUAUUAAUGGGUAAAUUGCUUGGAGAAGAGUUUGGAGGAAAGAGAGCUGUGCUGGGUAUGUUACUCAUCAUGUCUGGAGUGACUGUGUGCGUGCUGAGUUCUGUCUCUGAGACGGACAGCGCAGGAGCCCACAACACAAGUGACCACUACAUUCCACUGGACAAGGAGGUGAAGGAGGACUGUGGAUCUGCUCCAGCCAUGUGAUCACACCUCACACACACAAACAUAUUCAUCUGACACUAUAUCUGUGCUGCUCCAUUUUCAGUAUGUGCUGUGAAUUUGUGCUAAGAGGAGGUGAUGGAUGACUUUAUAUCUGUACUUGAACCAUGCUGGUGAAAUCCAAAUGUUUUGCACUUUAAUUGCUACUGUGGAAAGAGUAACUUUUAAGUGUGUGGAUUGUGGAACAUACAAAAUACUUGUAUAUAUUGUAUUAUUAACUGAUAUUUAUAUGGAUUCGUAUUAAUAAUGUGAAAGUGCCCAGUGUUUAAAUACUUUUAUUUUAAACGUCUUUUACAUUCAGA